GUUGUCAUCGACGUCUAACAGCUCACUCAACUCCAUUCGGGCACCGACAUCACUCACAUACACAUCACUGCUCACUGCUUAGACACCGGCACAAGUUUAUUAUUUAUUUUUUUAGUUUCGCGAAUUUUCAUCAUGAGGGAAAUCGUUCAUCUUCAAGCUGGUCAAUGCGGAAACCAAGUUGGUGCCAAGUUUUGGGAAGUAAUAUCCGAAGAACAUGGCAUUGACCCCAGCGGAGUUUAUACGGGAUCCAGCGAUUUACAACUUGAACGAAUCAAUGUUUAUUACAACGAAGCUUCUGUUGCUUCUUCUAUUUCUGGAGGAAAAUAUGUACCAAGAGCCAUCCUCUUGGAUUUGGAACCCGGAACUAUGGAUGCUGUACGUUCCGGAGCAUACGGAAGACUUUUCCGCCCAGACAACUUUGUUUUUGGACAGUCCGGUGCUGGUAACAACUGGGCCAAAGGUCACUACACUGAAGGAGCAGAAUUAGUCGACGCGGUUUUAGAUGUUGUAAGAAAAGAGGCUGAAAACUGCGACUGCUUGCAGGGAUUUCAACUUACACACUCCCUUGGAGGUGGUACCGGUUCCGGUAUGGGAACACUCCUCAUCUCCAAAAUCAGAGAAGAAUACCCUGACAGAAUUAUGAACACAUAUUCCGUAAUGCCCAGCCCUAAAGUAUCAGAUACCGUCGUAGAACCUUAUAAUGCCACCCUUUCCGUACACCAACUUGUAGAAAAUACUGAUGAAACCUACUGCAUUGAUAACGAAGCUCUUUACGAUAUCUGCUUUAGAACCUUGAAAGUCCCCAACCCAAGUUAUGGCGAUUUGAACCAUCUAGUCUCUCUCACAAUGUCUGGAGUCACCACCUGCCUUAGAUUCCCUGGUCAAUUGAAUGCCGAUUUGCGUAAAUUGGCCGUCAACAUGGUACCCUUCCCACGCCUUCACUUUUUUAUGCCUGGUUUUGCUCCCCUAACAUCCCGUGGAAAUCAACAAUACAGAGCUUUGACUGUACCCGAACUCACCCAACAAAUGUUUGAUGCUAAGAACAUGAUGGCCGCCUGUGAUCCAAGACACGGUCGUUACUUAACAGUUGCUGCCGUCUUUAGAGGUAAAAUGUCAAUGAAGGAAGUUGACGAACAAAUGCUUGCAGUCCAAAACAAAAACAGCAGCUACUUUGUAGAGUGGAUCCCCAAUAACGUUAAAACUGCCGUUUGUGAUAUUCCACCAGUAGGAUUAAAAAUGUCAUCCACCUUUAUUGGUAAUACAACCGCCAUUCAAGAAUUGUUCAAAAGAAUCUCCGAACAAUUCGCCGCUAUGUUCAGACGUAAAGCUUUCUUGCAUUGGUAUACUGGUGAAGGUAUGGACGAAAUGGAAUUCACUGAAGCUGAAUCAAACAUGAAUGACUUGGUAUCCGAGUACCAACAAUACCAAGAAGCUACCGCCGACGAGGAAUACGAAGCUGAGGAAGAACCAGCUGCUGAUGACUUUGCUUGUUAAAAUUGUCCAUAAUCUUAAAUUAAUUUUGGUUUAAGAAAACAACACCUUAACGCCGAAAAUAUUUAUUUAAACCAGAAUUUCAAGUGCAUUUUGUAAUGGUAUUUAUUGUUUAAUAAUUAAGUUAAAGCACUUUUUUAUUUAAAUUUAAUUUUGUGUUAUUAGAAUCGAAUAACUGCAUCUAGGUAUAUGUUUUUGUGAUUAAAAUCUAUUACCUUGUCCCAUUAUUGUUAUUUGACGAAUUUUGUACGUUUUCUACUUUUUUAAUUUAUAGUUAUUAUAAUAAAGUAGAUUAAAGACUGAA